GAGGGCAGUUCGGUGGCCCAAACUUUCCCUGGGACGACAACCACGAGGCCUCGGUGGCACAAAAUGCCCCUUCGGCCCUCCCAAGCAAGGCCUUAGGUUGGCAGAACGGGACUGGUCAGACCAGAAUGGGCCUCCCUCCUCCCUGAGACACUUCCAGAGCCCAGCCCAGAGAGGUGCUAUCCAGCAAUCCCCAAGCUCAGCCUUGCUUCAGCCAAUUCAAGCAGACAAUUCAAAGUUCCUGUUUGGUGAGAAAGGAGAGCCCUGAUCCGGAGCUUGGCAGGGCUGAUUAAUGAUUACAGGGGUGGAAUGAAGGCUGUUGACUUGGGUGCACCUCAAAGUCCACACUGGCCCUGAGCCCCACAGGCGCUGUGGGAGAUGGAGGCAGGAGCUCGAGAGGCCCCAGCAGAGCCUCCCCAGGAGGCCAGGGCCAUCCUCAACGUCUAUGACAUCCUGGUUGUCGUCUUCUACUUUGUCUUCGUGCUGGCAUUGGGGAUCUGGUCCUCCCUGCGGGCCAGCAGAAGCACCGUUGGGGGCUAUUUCUUGGCUGGGAGGUCCAUGACUUGGUGGCCGAUCGGUGCCUCUCUGAUGUCCAGCAAUGUGGGCAGUGGCUUAUUCAUCGGCUUGGCUGGGACAGGGGCAGCCGGGGGCCUGGCUGUGGGUGGCUUCGAAUGGAAUGCGACCUGGCUGCUCGUGGCACUCGGCUGGGUCUUUGUCCCCGUCUACAUUGCAGCAGGGGUCGUCACGAUGCCUGAGUACCUGAAGAAGCGAUUUGGGGGCCAGAGGAUCCAAGUGUACAUGUCUGUCCUGUCCCUCAUCCUGUACAUCUUCACCAAAAUUUCAACUGACAUCUUCUCUGGAGCCCUGUUCAUCCAGGUGUCCUUGGGCUGGAAUCUCUAUCUAACAACAGUCAUCCUCCUGGUUGUGACAGCCAUCUACACCAUUGCUGGGGGCCUGACUGCUGUGAUCUACACGGAUGCUCUGCAGACUGUCAUCAUGGUGGGGGGAGCACUGGUCCUCAUGUUCUUAGGGUUUAAGGAAGUCGGCUGGUACCCAGGCCUGCAGGAGAAGUACAACGCUGCCAUCGCCAACAUCACUGUGCCCAACACCACCUGCCACCUGCCUCGGUCCGAUGCCUUCCACCUGCUCCGGGACCCUGUCACGGGGGACAUCCCAUGGCCCGGCCUCAUCUUUGGGCUUACGGUGCUGGCCACUUGGUGCUGGUGCACAGACCAGGUAAUUGUGCAGCGAUCCCUGUCAGCCAAGAACUUAUCCCAUGCCAAGGGGGGCUCCGUGUUCGGGGGCUACUUGAAGAUCCUGCCCAUGUUCUUCAUUGUCAUGCCCGGGAUGAUCAGCCGGGCUCUGUACCCAGAUGUGGUUGGCUGUGUGGACCCUGACAUCUGCCAGGCCAUCUGUGGGGCCCAAGUGGGCUGUUCUAACAUCGCAUACCCCAAAUUGGUGAUGGAGCUCAUGCCUGUAGGGCUUCGGGGCCUGAUGAUUGCCGUGAUCAUGGCGGCCCUCAUGAGCUCACUCACCUCCAUUUUCAACAGCAGCAGCACCCUCUUCGCCAUUGACAUCUGGCAGCGUGUCCGCAGGAAGGCGACUGAGCGGGAGCUGAUGGUAGUCGGCAGGGUGUUCAUCGUGUUCUUGGUGGUCGUCAGCAUCGUCUGGAUUCCCAUCAUCCAGAGCGCCAACAGCGGGCAGCUCUUUGACUACAUCCAGUCAGUCACCAGCUACCUGGCGCCCCCCAUCACCGCCCUCUUUGUUCUGGCCAUCUUCUGCCAUCGGGUCACGGAGCCUGGAGCCUUCUGGGGCCUCAUCUCUGGCCUGGUGGUGGGCGCCCUCCGCAUGAUCCUGGAGUUUUCCUACGGGACCCCUUUGUGUGGGGAGCCGGACACCCGGCCAGCCGUGCUGAAGGACGUGCACUACCUCUACUUUGCUCUGCUGCUCUGUGGCCUCACGACCUUCGUCAUCAUCGUCGUCAGCCUCUGCACACCCCCCAUCCCUGAGGAGAAGCUUAUUCCCCUGACUUGGUGGACCCGGCACCGGCACCGUAGCCCACCCAGCCUGGAAGGGCACUAUCACUCCCACCCACUGAGGGACGGGAAACCAGCCUUGUCAGCCCAGGAGAGCCAAACAGAGAACAGCGACCUUAAAAAGCAGGAAUCCCCAGCCCCCACCCAGUCCUGUUGGCAGAAGUUUUAUUUCUGGUUCUGUGGGCUUUCUCCAACCCCCACACCUAUCCUGAGUCCUGCAGAGAAGGCUGCAAUGGAAAGAAAACUGACAAGCAUUGAGGAGACCCCGCUAUGGAGGCGAGUUUGUAACAUCAACGCCAUUUUCCUACUCACCAUCAAUAUCUUCCUCUGGGGCUACUUUGCCUAAGUGGCUGGUGUGCGUGCACAUCAGUCUGAGAGGGAUAAACCAAGUCAUAUCAAACCGCCUGAAGGGCCAGCGUUGGAUUUCAUGAAAGAAGCCCCUGAACAUGAGCCGUGGCCAUCAUAGAACACAGAAGGUCAGUCGGUACUGGACGGGACUUGAGACCAUCUUGGCCAAUCUCCCUCCUACCCGUCCUCAUCUCAGCCUGCUGGAACAGCUCAGUGGACACAACAGUAGACUUGGAGCUCGAAGCUUUAUCCAUGUGCUCCUGGCUCUGAUCCCCACUGGCAGUAUGACCCGGGGCAAAGUCGCCUCUCCGAGACUUGGUUUCCUCAUUUCUAUAGCCCUCUACGGUCUACAGAGUGCUUUUUCUCACAGUGGACUUGUGAGGUAGGGUAACAGGAUUACCAUCCACAUUUCACAGAUGAGGAAGCUGAAUCCCAGAGAGGAAAAGUGACUUCCCGAGGAUGAUGGUGAAUCAGUGAGAAGGUCUGACUAGACCCGUUCACCUGGUGGCAUUUCUACUCUUCCAAACUGCCCCUCAUUCUGACCUGAGACAGUGGUCACGGGCCUGGUUAGGGAAUACGCCUCUGUCCUUUAGCAGGUACUUCCCCAUCAUCUCCUGAGUGUCCAGGAGGCCCCUCAGCUAGUGUCUGGGGCUGGAUUUGCAAUUGUCUUUGUCUACCCAGUGGGAGCUUAGGGCUCUGCACAUAGUAGGAGCUUCAUAAAUGGUUUUUCCCAUUCCUACCACCCCACAAUGCCUCUCAUCUUGGAAAAGCUGUUUAUCUAAUUAACUUACAGAACUACUUCACCCACCCCAUUGGAAUUUUCUUAGGAUCAUUGAAUGAUAGAUUCCUAGACUCUCAGAGAUGGGUAGAUCCCCAGAGAGCAUCUGAUCCAUCCUCUCAAAGCAAGAAUCCUCUAUAACCACCCAGCCAAGGGUCAUGUAGCAGCUGCUUGAAAACCUCCAGUGACAGUUGAGGCAACUCAUUCCAUGGUUGGCCAAGUGAUGGGAAACUUUUCCUUAGGUUAAGUCCUUGGGCCUCCUGAAGACAGAAAAGGCCUCAGGAUUUGCUAUAAGGGGUUCAGGACAAACAACCAAGGACUAUCUCAGGCAGAGAGAUGUCUAUAUGAGAGGGGAGUGGGCUUCCCCAAUACCCCCAGAGGUAUACCCUUGCCCUGCUAGCUCAUAAGAAGCCCCUUCCUUUGGGAAAUCCACACUCUAGAAGGUGAGGAAGUAUGUAUGAGGGGAGAGACAUAACUGAGUUGAGAGCCCAGGCAAGAAUUCAGUGGAUAAGUCAAGGUUGAGUUCAAGAUGGUGAAUGGGUGGGGUGCAUAGAGGCCUGGGGCCUUCCAAGACCAAGGCCUAUUGCUGGUGGUCUAUGGCUUCUACUUCUCACCCCAUUCCUCUUCAACCAUUUACUUCAGCUGAACUCUAGCAGGGGGCAGGACCACUCACGAAAAGGUCUUAAAUGUCCAAACCAGAUGGAACAUUAAAGAACAUCUAAUUAACCCCCUCAUUUUACAAAGGGGGAAACUGACUCCAAGGGAGGUGACAUGGCUUGUACAGGCGAGUUAUCACAGUGAGCUGCAGAGAUUCGAACCCACAUCUUGACAUGCACCAAUAACAGUAUCUAGGUAUUGUUAUUGAAAGUAUUAGCUAAGGAUAAGUGAGCUGGCCAAAGCAUUGCUACAUCUGUUGAGAUGAGAGGAUCUCAUUCUUUGUAGAUUAUUAUUUCCUGGUUCCUUCAAGAUUCAGCUCAAGCCCCACCUCUUCCAAGAGGCCUUUGCCAAGGCCCCAACAUGCUAUGACUGUCUCCUCCAGUUUUGUCUUAUUAACUCUGCAUGUAUCUUGUAUGUACUUUAUAUCUUGUCUCCCCCUUAAGAAUGGAAGCUCCCUGAGGGCAGGGUCUGUUUAGCUUUGCCUUUGUAUCCCCAGCAUUUAGCAUACUGCCCAACACACAGUAAACAUAUGGUACUUAAUAAAUAUUU